CGGGAAGCCCAUUGAGGAGGGGAGUGGCUUUCCGGGACAGGCCCGGGGACUAUAUAUAAGCCCCAGAGGGCUGGCGCAGCUCCCACCUUCCAGCGGUUUCUGCCUCUGCCGGCUGAGCACCUUUGCAGCAGCUCUCGCACAGGACGCACCAUGUCCCAGGCUGGUGCACAGGAGGCCCCCAUCAAGAAGAAGCGCCCCCCGGUGAAGGAGGAAGAUCUGAAGGGGGCCCGUGGGAACCUAGCCAAGAACCAGGAGAUCAAGUCCAAGACCUACCAGGUCAUGCGGGAGUGUGAACUAGCCGGCUCCACCGCCCCAUCCGUGUUCAGUGGCAGCCGAACCGGCACCGAGACCGUCUUUGAGAAGCCCAAAGCCGGACCUGCCAAGAGUGUCUUUGGCUAAGACAUGUGCACCAUUCCUCUCACUGCUGCCAACUCCCAGACACAGGAGAAUUUCCCCAAAACUUUUUUUAUGCCAGAAUGUUCCUUCUCACCUGCUGCCCGUGGGAUGGCCACCUGCCCCUCACAGCCCUGACCCCUUGGCCCAGGGACUCUGCACCAGUGCCCAGGGAGCACCAAUAAAGCGCAUGCCCACGUGGCCCCGGCA